AUGGAAUAUGACAAGCUAGAUCCAAAUCUUUUCUUGGACUUACCUUGGCUCGUUGUUCGUGAAAUUUUAUCAUAUGUUCCCAAAGAGUACAUCAGUGAGACCUUCUUAAAGGUCCCUGGGCUUCGUUAUAGACUCAUUGAAGAAUACUACUCAGAGCUCCAUUUCGUGCUCACUCCGUUGAAGAGGCCCCAUGCAUGUUUUGACGAUAAAGCCGAACUCAUUGAUAUAACAAGCUAUGGUGAGAUCUCUUCAUUCUUGGACGAUAAUCCAGACAUUGUGCCUCAGACCGUUCGUGUUAUGACCUCUAUGGACUUUAUCUCCAUGAGGUCUCUCUUGACUGAAUAUAGAGACUGGUUUCUUGAAAUUCCUAAUCUUCACUUCCACAUCGAGUCUCAUCAUUUUACUGAUGACUGCUUUGAGUUUAUCCAGUCGUUCCCAAACCUUAGAAAGCUCCAACUCACCGGUCCUGUAAUCGGUGACAUCACAGAUCUAUCCACAACCUUUUGGAAGUUGCGAGAUCUAGAGACCCUCGUUCUUUUGGGGCAUGGUAUAAAAAGUUGGUCUGGUAUAAAGUUACCUCCAAAUUUGAAGCAUCUUGAUACCUCUUGGACUCACAAGUGUGACAUCACAACGAUAAAUAUUCCUUCUACAGUGGAGGAAAUUUACUGGAAUGACGCAGGUGUUUCAUCUGAAAAGCUACGCAAUGUAAAAUUUCCCUCGUCUCUCUCGACUUUAGUAAUCACAGAGUGCAAGUUGGAGUCGUUGACACUCUCUGAUCUUCCUCAAUCCUUGAAAUGUUUGGCAAUUUCACGAGCACAACUAACGAAAUUUGUGUACGACGAUAAGUAUAAUCAGUGGCCCCAUAGCUUGGAAACUCUUAUCUUGAGUUACAAUCAGCUUGAUAACAAUUCCCUCCGACAGCUCAGCCAGACGAAAAUGCCUUCUGCUUUGAAAAUUCUAAAACUCGACGGAAAUCGCUUCACCCAUUUGCAUCACUUGAAGCACUUGCCUGAUGACUUGAAACUCAUGGACAUAUCCAAGUGCCCUAUUCAGAGUCUCGAGGAUCCUACAAAUGAUGAUGGAUAUUCUUUCUAUCACUUCCCACAGAGUUUGGAAACUCUCAACGUAUCUGAAUGUCUCCAUUUGACAAGUCAAAACCCGGAUACUUUGAUCUUACCAUCAGAAAGAAUAAGACUACCGGAGUCCUUGCUUGAACUCGAUCUUAGCGGAUGUUGGAAUAUUCGCUUCGAUGGUUUUUUCUUCCCAAGGUCACUUCGGAGACUUUCUCUUAGUGGUUCAAACAUUGCUGAUUUAAACAGAUAUGAUUACACCAAGAUAAAUGGUCUUCCGUCCACUGAACCUCCCAUCUCUUGGCGUGAUCUUGAGCAUUUGAUAUCGCUCGAUUUAUCGGCAAACUCCAUUCGCUCCUUGACUGGGUGGAAUCCUCCGCCCAAACUUGUCACGCUUGAUCUCAUGUCCAACAUGAUCAAGGAAAUCUCGGCAACGUUCACAAUUUUCAACAGGAAAAAAAAUCAAUAUCUUGUGCAUCUUCAGAACAUAAAUUUGGCCAACAACAAGAUAGAAAACAUUGACGAUGAAGCGACCUUGCCCAGCAAUUUGGUUUCUUUGAGUCUUGAGAAUAACCUCUUGGCACGCUUCAAAUUCACCGAUGGUAUUUUGAAUAGUCCAAUGUUACGGAAAUUAAAUUUGGCUGCAAAUGAUAUUUCACAGAUGAGCGUGGCGACUUCCAAGAGAUCGACCCUUGAAGAGCUCGAUCUAUCUUUAGGAAGUGGAGAACGAACAUCGCGUCCGAUAUCAUCAGAGACACUUUAUGGCGUCUUCGAGAAGUUGGGACUUCAGGUUGCUCGUAAGAAGAGAAAAGUACGUACUUUGCAUCAAUUUAUACAGCAUUAG